UCGAGUCUCUCGCACACACACUACACUUAUUGUUAGGCCAGUGGCCCUUCUUCUCACAUCCAGGAGUUGCUUCUUCCAGAAUACAUCUCAGCACAAAUUGGUUGCCCAAUUUACCCAUCCGGAUCACUCAAAUUUGCCCACACAAACUGCAACUGCACCCGUUUUUUUUGGCAGAGUUUGGGGAUCAGGAGACACCCCCGAGUGUCUACAUCCUUUUUAUUUGUUAAUUUUUAAAUUUUCUUUAAAGAUAAGAAAAUUCAAAGAAACUGUGCUAUCGAAAGAACAUUAUUUGGACAAAAAGAAGUGAUUUGUGGUGAUUAUUGGCGAAAUUUUUUUUUUUUUUGCAAAAACAACCCUCUCAGAGAAUUUGUUUAAACUGUGCUGAAACUGAGUUUGAAAAUUGUUGAGAAGUGACUGAUAAACAUUUUUGUGGUGAAGAGAUUUAUAGGCGAGAGACGUCAACGAUGAGGAGAACGCAUUCGAGCCCUCUGGGGCUCGAAUUGACCACCCUUCUAGUAAUGUUCACAUUUGUGGGAGUAUGUUUAUCAGCUCCCGUGCACGAGAACACGGAACUGGAGAUGUAUAGUGAAUCUGGCUGCUACUAUAACUACAAUCAUUAUGCGGAGGGUGAUAGAAUAAUGACGAAUGAGCCAUGUCUCAAUUGUACUUGCCACAAUCGAAUGCUGAUGUGUUACUUGCGUGUAUGUCCAUUUACCAAGCCAAUUGGUCAGGACUGCGUGGUGGAGAAACGUGAAGAUCAGUGUUGUCCUGUCAUUACAUGUCCCGAAGUUCCUGUAGAACUAGUUGAUCACUCCACGUCAAGUCCAUCGACAGAGGUGGGAGGCCUCGAUCGCUUUGGCUGUUCCAUUGAUAAUAGAUUCUACCCAGAAGGGGCUCAAGUGCCAUCAAAUCCUCGGAAACCAUGUGAACUUUGCUAUUGCAUUCGCAAUAUGACUGCUUGUGUUAUGCAAGAAUGUACGCUACAUGUUGAGGGCUGUCGACCCAUCUACAACAAAGGAGUUUGCUGUCCUGUUCGUUAUGAAUGUGAUCACGAAUCUGAGGAUACUCUGAUGUUGGAAGAUAGAACCACAACGACAGAACGUCCAACCCCAGGAUUCAUGCUAACCACUACCACACCUGCCGGAGUGGAGGCUGAUUGUGUCCAUGACGGUGAGGUGUUUGCGGAUGGAGCUCUCAUUUUCACUGAUCAACCAUGUGAGCACUGCUACUGCAUGCGAGGUGAUAUCGUGUGUGCUGUGCAAGAAUGUGGAACACCAUUGGAGAAUGAGGGCAAGAACUGUACAGCACGGCCACCACGGGAGGGUCAGUGCUGUCCGGAUGUCUAUGAUUGUGAGGAACCAGCGACUGAGACAUCUGAGACAGUGACGCGAAAGGAAGAGGGUACAACACUGGGAACGGGACUUGACACACGAAUCGAUGAAGAUGAGAAGACUGAGGAGGAAGCUCCAGAUCACAAGACACCAAUGCCAGAGAAAGAGCAAGUAACGACGGAGGCGGCUGAAGAGGGUACCACGGCCAAGGAGGAGCAUAUUGACAAAGUGGAUGAUAAGUUUAAUGAAAUAGUGCCAGAGGAGAAGCCAGAAAGCGAAGAGGGUCACACUGAGACACCGACAACUGUGCUGACUCAUGCUGAUGGCACGACAGAACCAAUCAAAGAGGCCGAGGGUGAGACUGAGGAGGAUUUGCAGCAACACAUAAUGGAUGAAGAUUUGCAGUCUCAUAUUGACAAAGAAGACGAGGGUCCAGCAACAGUUAAAGAGACAAUCUCUACCACUGAGAAACUGAAACCGACAACAAUAAUUACAGAGAGUGAGUCGUCAGAAAAGCCAGAAGAGGGUCACACAGUGAAAGAGGAUGAAAUGAAAGAGGUGGCCACUGAAGAACCGUUGAAAGCAACAGAAUCACCAGAAGAGGCUGCCAUUACUCCAGAAAUUCAUGCUGAAUUCACAACAAUAGCUGAAGAGGGUGUUCAUACCACAGAAAAAUCAGGUGCCAUUGACACAAAAUCGGGCGAGGUGGAGACUGAAGAUGACAAUACUGUGGAACCAGAGCAUUUCACCACGACCCAUAGACCGGCUGAACACUACCUGCCACCACAAUUGCCAGUAGAACAUGAUGAGGAGGCAUCUGGAGAAGAGGAAUCUUCCAGUGAAUCUACGGAGUCUGUAGAAGGACAAGUGCCUAUUCAUCCUGUACCUCCAUCUCCUGAACUUGAGGCCAGUGGAGAGAAGUCUUCAGAAGAAGUUACGUCAUCUGAGGAAGAAGCUGAUAGGCUAACAACUCCACAUACUCCCUCCGAACUGACCACUCAACAAGCCCUUGAAGAGAAGGAACCCUCAACAACACCUGGUCAUGACGAUCUUGAACUUCCUGAGCGAGAGAUCGUAACAGAGUCACCAUCUGUCAUUAAACUCCCAGAACCUGUUGAACAUGAGCAAGUUACUGAUUACACCAUCGAUUCUGAUUCUCACACUCUUGAGGAAAUGACCACAAAGAGUACGCUUGAGGAGAAACUGCCUGAAGAGGCCACUGAAAAAGCCACAGAAACUCCUGAAGAGGAAGAACGGCCUACAGGUGCUCCAGAAGAAGAAGAAGAAAAACCUACUGAAAAAGCCACGGCAUCUCCUGAAGAAGAAGUCAGACCCAUUGAUAUGGUUACUGAAAAAUCUGAAGAGGAAGCAAAACCAACUGAACGAGUUACAGAGGCACCUGAAGAAGAAGAAGAAGAAGAAGAGAAAGCCACUGAAGGACCUGAAGAGGGAGUAAAACCUAUUGAAAAAGUUACAGAAACUCCUGAGGAAGAAGAAAGACCCUCUGAAAAGGUCACAGAAAUCCCUGAAGAGGAAAUGCGACCCACGGGUAUGGCCACUGAAGAACCUGAAGAAGUAACAUUUGAGGAGGAAGCAAGACCUACUGAGAAGGUCACAGAAGCACCUGAAGAGGAAGAGAGACCUACUGAGAAGGCUACUGAAGGACCUGAAGAAGUAGCACCUGAAGAGGAGGUAAAGCCUACUGAGAAGGUCACAGAAGCACCAGAGGAGGGAGAGACACCCACUGAGAAGGCUACUGAAGGACCUGGAGAAGCAGCACCCGAAGAGGAGGUGAAGCCUACUGAAAAGGUCACAGAAGCCCCUGAAGAGGAAGAGAGACCCACUGAGAAGGCCACUGAAGCACCUGAAGAAGGAGCGAGACCCACUGAGAAGGCUACUGAAGGACCUGAAGAGGCAGCACCAGAAGAAGAAGAAGAAGAAGCUAAAGUAACUGAAAAAGCCACAGAAACCCCUGAGGAGGAAAUGAAACCUACUGAGAUGAUCACAGGAUUACCAGAGUUCGAAGCUAAACCCACUGAGAAGGGUGAAGAAGAGAAACCUGAAGAAUUAGCACCUACUACCGAGCAUAAGGAACUUGAAGAAAGACCAGGAGUUACAGCCCUGCCUGAAGAUGAAGAAGAAGAGGAAGGACCUGAAGAAUCUAUGACAGAACAACCUCAACCUGAAAAGGCAGAAACUGAGCAGCCCCUCGAAGAGCACACAGAAGGUCCCAAAGCACCAAAACCGGAUGAACCUGAACUAGAGCUCACUGAGCAGCCGGAAGAAACCCCAAUUCAACUACCUGAAGAGGAGCAUACAGAGGAACCCAAAGCUCCAGGAAUUGAAGAAUCCGAAGCACCAGCAACUGAAGCUCCAGAAAAAGCAGCUACUGUGGAGCCUGGAAAAGAAGAAGGUGAAGAACCUGAGAGAACAGAGGAGCCUGAAAAAUCUGAAGAAGCUUUGACCACAACUGCCAUACAUGAAGAGGAAGAAAUGGGAGUUGGCACAACUUCUAUUCCCUCUGUUACUCCAAAAGAGAGCGAAGAGAAGGAAUCUGAAGAAGAGUCAACUGAAGAAGGUUCGGUCACUCCAACUUCAUCAUCUGAAGAACUGUUACCUCCAUCUAUUCCCGGCGAAGGGAACUGUCUGGUGGAUGGUAUUAGUUAUCCUAAUAAUGAAAUUAUUCCUGCAGUCAACAAAUGCCAAGUAUAUUGCACCUGCGUCAACAGUGUCGUUCACUGUGAAACUGUUAAGUGUCCACCACCCCCAGAUAACUAUGUCGAAUGUCAGCCUUUCUACAGAAACUUUGACGAAUGCUGUCCCAACUAUAAAUGUCCCCAAGACGUUGAGUCAUCUGAGGAAUUGUCUGAGGAAGACCGCACAAGGGCUCCAACAACAACUGAAAGUGCUGAAGAGGCUUCAGAAGUUCCGGCCAUUGUUGAAGAAGUAAGUCCAGAUGAAGUUCCUGCUGUUAUUGAAGAAUUUAAGCCAGAGGAGAAACCUGAGGCAACAACAGCCCGAGAAGAAGCUGAAGUCACUGAAAUAACAAUGAAGCCUAUAGAGAAGGAUCAGCCGUCUGAAGAAGAAAAGCCAGAGGGUGAAGAGGAAGAAGAAGUCGAGGCCACAACAAGAUCUGCUCCAGGUGACGAGGAAGAGGAGCUCAUUAGUCCUGAAAUCCUUGAAGCGUAUACUGGAGAAUAUCCUCUUGAAUUGACGACUCACAAAGCAGAGGAAAUUGAAACUGAAGCGCCUUAUACACCUACUCAUAUUCCAGAGGAACCCACAGAAGAAGAAGCUGAGAAAGAAACAGAAGGAACUCCAGCGACUGAAAGGGAACCUGGUGUCGAAGAAGAAGAACAACCUGAACUUGUUCAUAUUUCUACAAUCCCUCCAGAAGAUUAUACCGAAAGACCGGAGGAAGAGAAACCUGAAAAAGAAGCCAAGCCCGAAGAGAAACCAGCUAGACCUGAGGUUGUGACUCAGGCUGAAGAAGAAGCCACCGAGAAGGAGAGACUUCCAACUGAAGAGCCAAGUGUAGGAACAGAAAAAGAAGAAAAGGCUACAGAACACCCUGAAGUAGUGACAGAAAUUGCUGAAGAAGAACAUACUGAAAGCGAGAAGGAUGUUACUGAGGGACCAAGUGACGUCACUGAGAAAUUGGAAAUAGUCACUCCAUCUGCCACGGAAUUGCCUAAAGAGACAUCUGAACCAUCACUUGAAGAAGAUAGGACGGGAGAACCUCAAGAAAUUGAUAUGACGCCUGAAGCUCCAUUCCCAACUGAUGAGGCUGAGAAAGAAACACCUGAAGAACCUGAAGGUGAGGAGAUUAGCAAGCCUACGGCCCAUGCUCCAACAGACAAAGAAGAAGAAGCCACAACCACAGCUCCUAUUGUUAAAAUACCAGAAGAAGAUAUUGGUAUUCUAUUCCCAGAAGAAGAGGAGAAACCGGAAACUGUAACUCUUGAUGUUAGAGGUGGCGAAGAAGACGGUGUAACCACAGCCAAGACUCCUGAAGAAGAGGAAGCUGCUCCCGAAGGUGUUCCUGCCAGUACUCCACAUGAAAAGGAAGGUGAAGAUAAAACAGAAUCUCUUCCUCCGAUCCCAACAAUUCACACUGAAAUCGAAGGUGAGAUUACCAAGAAGCCCGAUGUGGAAGAGCCUGUUGAACAAGAAACCAGCGCACCUGAACUUGAAGCUGAAGUUCCAACAAAACCUUCUGUAGAAGAAGAAACUGCCAAGCCUCAUCUUCCAGAAGAUGAAGUCGUCUAUGCCACUGACAAAUUGGAAGUCGCUGAACAGGUAACUGAAAAAGAACAACCAACUCUAUCUCCAACAUUAGCAGAAAGUGCGAAACCAGAGGAUGCGGUUACAGACAAAACAGAACUACCUGAGGAGCAGCCUACUAGGCCUACUCUAAUCUCAAAACCAGAGGAUGAGGAAGAACAAAUUCCUGAAGAAGAACUAAAACCUCAAACUAUGCCUGAACCAACACCAACUGAAGAAGUAGAGAAAGAGGAGCCAGGAAAGGAAAUUGAAGAACACACUCCAAGACCAUCUGAUGUUACAACAAGACAACCUUCUGAAGAAGAACCAACAGAACUUCCUGGUGUUAAAGUGGAGCAUCCAGAAAAAGAGGAAGGAGAAACACCUGAGAUUCCUGAAGCAACAACUCCAAGUGAUUUAGCAACAAAGGCACCUGAAGAGGAUGUUUCAACGCCUUCGACUGAUCUUGAACCUCCUAAGACACCAGAGCCUGAGCAAUCUUUGGAGGAAGAAGAGGCAACUGGUGUCCCCUCUGCUACUGGAAAACCUAGUCCGGAAGAUGAAAAAACAGGAGAACCUGAAGAGGAAGCUACAUCACCGCAUGAAGAACUUGUACCAAGUGAAGAAAAAGCAACUAGGCCGUCAACAGAAGAAGAAAUUACACAUGCAGCAGAAGAACCCACUCCUAAACCAAGUGCAGAAGAAGAUCUUACAAAGAAACCUGACGCAACUGAACUACCUGCAUUGGAAACCGAUGAAGAACGUACACCAGCAGAACCUGAAGAAGAAGAAGAAGGUACUAGACCAUCACCCACCUCUGAAGAGGCAUCUGAGAAGCCUGAAGAAGAGGCAGUUAAGCCAACUCCAGAGUUGCCCGAGCCAUCUGAGAAACCUGAGGAGGCAGAAGCACAGCCAACCCCACAAAUCGAAGAAGCUUCUGAGAGACCUGAAGAGGAAGAGGAAGCAAAACCGACUCCUGAAUCACCCGAACCAUCAGAGAAGCCUGAAGAAGAAGAACAUCCAUCCACUAGAGUCCCACUUGAGCACGAAGAAGAAAUUUCACCUACCACUGAAAGACCAGAAUCACUGCCAGUUGAGCCCGAAGAGCCAACAAAACUUGAACCUGAAGAAGGUGAAAAGAUAUCACCCACCGCUACUACUGAAGAAUAUACUGAUUCAGAAGUUGCUGAACCUACUACACCAAGUGAAUUGGGUAAACCAUCCCCAACUGAAGAAAGCGAAGGAGAGAAGGAAGAGGAAGAAAGACCAAGUGAAGAAGCCACAAAACCAAGUAUUUUGGAAGAUCUUCCUACAACAGCUGCAGGAGAAGAGGCAACAAGACCCAGUGAAGAAGCAGAAACACCUGCGCCCGAAGAGAUUGCUAAACCUGAAGAAGAUACCGAAAAAGAAGAAGAAGAAGAAGAGGAAGAACAUAGACCUACUCCAAGUGUUGAAACAACUGAGAAAGAUGAAGAAGUCACUGAAACAAUUGAGAAGAAACCAGAAAUUCCAUCAGAAACACUUCCAACGGAAUCUACUGAAGAAGAGAGUCCCUCCACUGAGAAGGAAGAGAAGGUUGAGGAUGUUACACCAAGCGAGGAAGAAGAACUCAAACCUUCCACAGAACUUCAUCCUACUGAGAAACCAUUGGAAGAGAAAGAGCCAGGAACUACAGCAGGUUUUGAUGUUAUUGAUCACACUACUCCCAGUGAAGAAGAAAAGGAGGAAGAACCAAGACCUGAAGAAGAAAAACCUGUAGAAGAAUUGCCAUCACCUACAGAAAGAGAACCUGAGUUAUCUACUUCAAGUGCUGAAGAAGUCACUCCAAGUAGGCCCGAAGUAGAAGCUGAAGGUGAAGCUGAAACUGAAGCUCCCGUUAGGCCGGAAGAAGAAAUGGAGGGAGAAGCUGUAACGGAAGGUCGUCCCACGUCUAUACCAGAGGGUGAGAAAGAAGAAUUAUCUACUGAACCAACAGAAAAAGCACCUGAGGAUGUAGAACGACCUGCUACUGAAGGCAUUGAAUCAGUUACUGAGAAGAAAGAAGAUGAGAUUACAGAAGAAGCUCCUCAUAUCACAAGGCCAUUUGAGAAGGAAGAAGAAAGUGAAGAAUUAACUCCAGUCACGGAAGAACCAGUUAAGGAGGCUGAGCCAACAAAACCAACUGAAGAAGAAAAAGAAGAAGAGGAAGAAGAAGUAGAAAGUGAAAAGGAAGCCACGCCAAGUCCAACUGAGGCAGAGAGGGAAGGUGAAGCCACAACACCAAGCAAACAAGAGGAAGAGCUUGGCGUGCCAGAAGUUGAGGAGAAGACUCCUGAACCGCAAAUAAUUGAGCAUGACUUUAAACCAACAACACCAAGUGAAGAGGAGGAAGAGAAGCCAUCUGCAACAGAGGAAGGAGAGAAGGAAGCUGAAGUCACUGAGCGUGCGACAGAAAUUCCUGAAGAAGGUGAAGCUGAACCUACUAAGGCUAGUGAGAAAGAACCCGAAUUGGAAGCUUCAACACCUGCAGAAGCUGAAAAGGAAGCUACAAUUAGUCCAGUUGAGGGUAAACCAGAAGAAGAAGAAGGAGAAAGGCCAGAAGAGGAGGAACAUGCAGAAGAGAAGCCAGAAGAACCAGAAAGUGUUCAGGAAGGUACAAGUCUGAAACCACCUCAUAGUGUGGAGGAAGAGGAGGAGCAUAAGACUGAAGCAAGUGUUACAGAAUCUGCCGACAGAACAACUGUGCCUCCAAGUGAGGUUGAUCUCGAUGACAGGAUAAAGGAAGAGGAGGAGGAGGAAGCACAGAAACCACUUCAUCCUGAGGAUGAUCAGAGUCAAGUGCCAAUCUCUUUCGAACCCGAUGAAGAAGAUGAGAUCAUUGAAGAAGAACCACAUGUGCCAGGUGAUGAGAAACCAUCUACAGUCCAGACAAUGACACCCGAUCUCAGUCACUACUCCACCAGUGCUCCUCACUACGAUACUGGUUAUGGACAGAUUCCAGCUGGUCAUUAUCCGGGUCCUUCGUAUCAGGAGGAAGACUAUGGUGAUGAAGAGGAUCCAUCUUCAUUCGGACCCGGAACUUGCCGAUAUGGCGGAAAAUUGUACGUGUCCGCCCAGCAGAUCCCCAGAGAUGAUCCAUGUGACUUCUGCUUCUGCUUCCGAAGUGAUAUCAUCUGCUUGCAACAGUCCUGCCCACCACCAAUAACUGGCUGUCAUGAGGAGCCAAUCCAUGGCUUCUGCUGUCCGCGCUAUGAGUGCCCUGUUUCGAUGGCAACUGUGAUGAAUGUGACGACUAGUACAACGACGACAACCACCACAUUACCACCGCACUUCCUGCAUCAUGCGUAUAAGGGUCAUGCUACCCUCCAAGGGUGUCAGAUUGAUGGAAAAGCCUACAAGGUGGGUGAGAUUGUACGUCAAUCAAGUGGACCAUGUAUGAGUUGCAUAUGCGGAGGCGACGGACAAAUGAAAUGUGAUCCUAAGAAAUGUUCACCAGAACCUCUUCUUCGACAAAUGAUUGCAGUGGCAGCCUCGAGAAAGAGAUGAACUUCCAGAAGUGACCAGUGAACGAACUAUUAUGGUUUCUUAACCAGAGAUUGAAUCAUCAUGGAUAAUGCUGAAGAUAAAAAUUCUUUCUAAUAUCACGAAGGGUGCCAAACUUUUUUUUUAAAUAAUUAAUUAAUUUAAAAGAUAUAAAAAAAUGAGUAAAUAAUUUAAGAAUUCAACGAUACGUACUCUUAAUAAUAUUGCAUUUUCUAGAGAAAAAAAAAACAAACGAGAUUCAUUCAAGUUGAAUAUCAGUGUCGACACUUAGAAAUUUUUCUACAAUUUUUUUUUCGUUAUAGCAUUUUUGGAUAAUUAGGCAAAAUAAAAUUUUAAAUGUGGUCGACCCUAAAUAAAAGGAAAAAAAAAAGUGGACGAGAAAGUAUAAUGGAACUCAACAGAUGAAAGAAAGAAUACAUGCAGAAAAAUCAAUCAAAUUGAGACAACUUUUUGCGCCCAAUUUCACUUCUAGUCUCCCAUUUAUUUAAUCAAAAAAAAAAAACGUUGAUUUUGAGAAAAAAGUUAUUGUAAUUUUAUUAAAUUAAAAAAAAAAACGCGAAAAUGGCCGAUGUCUUGUCGACUGAAUGACUUUAUGUGGAAAUUAUGAGAAUUUUCGAAAAAAAACUAAUUUGAGAUUGAAAGUUCGAUAAAUCUUGAGAUUUAUCUAAUUUUUUGACAUAGACAUGUAAUUUUAAAAAAAACUGCAACGUGACCAUUUGUCUCAGAUACAAAUUUUAAACAAACUUGCAGCAAGUUUUGUCAAACAUUUUGUCAUAAACUUAUCUUAGAAAACAAAUCAAUAAAAACGAAGAAUUUUUUUUGCGAAAACAAAAAAAAAAACAUAGAAUAGAAAAUAAAAUGCUGAAGAGCACAAGCAAUACAUGCGCACAAACUAGAUUUUUAUAAUUUAAUGUUUAAAAAGAAAACGUACUAAACGAUAAUUAUUGGGACCUCAAAACCUACCAAUUAAUUAAAACAGCAAAGAAAUAGACUAACACCAUCAAAUUACUCGUAACGUAACAAACUUAGCAAACGCAAUAGAAUUGAACACAUUUUUUUUUAGUUAUGGUAGAUAUCUUUAGAGAAAUGGCCAGUGUCCAGUUGUUUGAUUGACUGAAAGUGAUAUGUUCUUUGCUAAUAUAACAUCCAGUGAUUCUUCAGCACAUCAACUAACAAGCACAAGAAGUAAUUUAUUUAAGGCAGAAUAGAGGUCUUCCAUAUAAGAAGACGAUAGAUAGUGCGUAAGAUCGUUUUCAGUCACUUGAACAUCUGGACGAAAGGAUGCAUAGAACAUUAUUCCAAUUUUGAUAUGAAAUAAAUCGUCAUAUUGAAAGAAAAAUCUAUAAAGACAAUUGAGAUGAAACAUUGCCAUAAAAGGUUUGGUUACAUUAAAAACAAGAAAAAAAUCAUUUAAAAUAUCAUUAUUAUUGUAAUAAAGAUUUUUUUUAGUGAAGAUGAAUGUCGAGAGAUAGUGAAGAAGCAACUCAUGAGAAGAAAACUAGCGAGCAAAAUAAAUUGAUGAUAAGAAAGCAAUUUAUCAAUAAAUAUAAUUACGUUUAAGGAUUAUAUUAUUAUGCAUUAGUGACAGUUCUUUAUAAAUAGGAGAAAAAAAUACAAGGCAUACUUUUAUAUCAUUUUAAGAAUAAUUUUAUGAUAUUUUUUUUUGAAAUUUUCUCGAACCAGUGUGACCAUGUGUUAUGAAAUAUUCAUCGAUCAAUUUUGAAAUUGUCAUGGUAAAUUUAUUGAAAGAGCAAGAUUACAGGAACAGCCAACAAACAAAUUUGUCCAGAAGAAAUAUAGCAAUUUUUUGAGAUGAAAAGUUAUUUUGAAUUGUACGAAAUGGUUCACAUAUCCGAAUUGAAAGUUAUUUUGUUGAAGUUGAUCGAUGAACAUUGUACUACCUUGCACAGGCCCGAGAGAAAUGCCCAGGAUAUUUGUAAGUGUCCUUUUAUACGAAUAAAUUUUUAUGUAAAGUAAAA